ACACCAUACAGAUCUUAGUUAGAACAAGCAUUUUGCAACACUGAUUCUCUGCAUCUCUGUUGUUUGGAUUUUGUAUUUUUUAUUACCUAUCUGUAUAUUUUUCCUUCCUAGACUGUUGGGUAGACUGCUUUAAUUUUUCAUUCGUCUUUUUCUAAUACCUCAGAAAAUGGGGAUUGUCUCUGGAGUCAAUGUUUCAGAUGAUGUUGUACCUUAUGGAGGGGAAAGUGCCUUUACCCAACUGGAGCACAACAUAGUGGCUGGAUAUCUAAUUACUGCAGGUGUCAUAAGUUUAGCAAGCAACAUUGUGGUGCUGCUAAUGUUUGCAAAGUUUAAGGAGCUGCGCACUGCCACCAACUUUAUCAUCAUAAACCUGGCUUUUACUGACAUUGGAGUGGCUGGGAUCGGCUAUCCCAUGUCAGCUGCCUCAGACAUCCACGGUAGCUGGAAAUUUGGCUACACUGGUUGUCAGAUCUAUGCAGCUCUAAAUAUCUUCUUUGGCAUGGCCAGUAUCGGCCUGCUGACUGUGGUGGCCAUCGACCGCUACCUCACUAUCUGCAGACCAGACAUAGGGCAGAAAAUGACGAUGCGAUCAUACAACCUUCUUAUUGUGGCAGCGUGGCUGAAUGCUGUGUUCUGGUCCUCCAUGCCUAUAGUGGGCUGGGCUGGUUAUGCCCCUGACCCCACUGGAGCUACAUGUACCAUCAACUGGAGGCAAAAUGAUGCCUCCUUCAUCUCUUACACUAUGGCUGUGAUUGCUGUGAACUUUGUGUUGCCUCUGACCGUCAUGUUUUACUGCUACUACAACGUGUCAGUCACUGUAAAGAGAUACAAAGCCAGCAACUGCCUGGACAGCAUCAACAUCGACUGGUCAGAUCAGAUGGAUGUCACCAAGAUGUCCAUAGUAAUGAUCGUCAUGUUCCUGGUGGCCUGGUCUCCAUACUCCUUGGUUUGUCUCUGGGCAUCAUUUGGUGACCCCAAAACCAUCCCUGCCCCCAUGGCUAUCAUCGCUCCACUCUUUGCCAAGUCCUCCACCUUUUACAACCCCUGCAUUUAUGUUAUUGCCAACAAAAAGUUCAGAAGAGCCAUCAUAGGGAUGAUCCGAUGUCAAACCAGGCAGCGAAUCACCAUCAAUACCCAGGUUCCCAUGACAACCUCCCAACAACCCCUGACCCAGUGAGGUCACACUGCAUCAGUAUCGCAUUGUAUCAAUAAACCGUGGCAUUUAAACCAUGUAUAGAAGAUUGCUUUGAUGAAAUGAAUCACUGUCAGUGUCUUUCUGUCUCUUCUAGCUGUUUUUUGUUUAAUGACCUAAUGCACUGUGGUGUUUACUGUGUACAUUCCACUUGCUGUGACAGUGUAGUCAUUGUUUGUGUUCCAGUCACUUCAAUAACAGACGGACUCUGGAAA